AUGGAAUCCAUUAUUAACUGCCAGCUCAUCCGGUACCUUGAGGAUCACCAGCUGAUCAGUGACCGCCAAUACGGUUUUCGUCGGGGUCGAUCAGUUGGUGAUCUUCUAGUCUACCUGACCCAUAGAUGGGCGGAGGCAGUAGAGUCCAAGGGGGAGGCGUUGGCCGUUAGUCUGGACAUUGCGAAGGCCUUCGAUCGGGUUUGGCACAAAGCGCUUCUUUCGAAGCUCCCUUCCUAUGGGCUUCCCGAGAAAUUGUGCAAUUGGAUCACCAGCUUCCUUGCAGAUCGGAGCAUCAAGGUCGUUGUAGACGGUGCAUGUUCUGACUACAAGCCUAUUAACGCUGGUGUUCCACAAGGCUGUGUGCUAUCACCAACGCUGUUUCUUCUGCAUAUCAAUGAUAUGUUGCUAACUGGUAACAUUCAUUGCUAUGCGGAUGACAGCACUGGUGAUGCUCUAUACACCGGCCGGGCCAAUAUUUCUCGGGAAAACGUCGCCGAGUACCGGAACAAACUUGUGUCUGAAGUCGAGUCUUUGCUGGACAAAGUCUCGGAUUGGGGGCGACUAAAUCUAGUCCAGUUUAAUCCUCAGAAGACACAAGUUUGCGCGUUUACCGCUAAAAAGAACCCCUUUGUCGUAUCUCCUCAGUUUCAAGGCACUCCCCUUCUUGCCUCAGCCAGUAUCGGUAUCCUCGGAGUCGACAUAUCGAGUGACGUGCAGUUUCGUGGUCACUUGGAAGAGAAGGCCAAAUUGGCCUCUAAAAAGCUUGGCGUACUCAGCAGAGCGGGACAGUAUUUCAUGCCGGCACACCGCCUGCAACUUUACAAGGCGCAGGUUCGGCCUCACAUGGAAUACUGUUCCCAUCUCUGGGCAGGGGCUCCCCAGUGCCAGCUCCUUCCACUUGACCGCAUCCAGCGCAGAGCGGCUCGAAUCGUCGACGACCGAGCCCUUUCCGAUCGGCUCGAUUCAUUGGCACUGCGAAGAGAUGUUGCAUCUCUUUGCAUUUUCUUUCGCAUCUACCAUGGGGAGUGCUCUGAGGAAUUGUUCGGAUUAAUCCCAGCCGCCAAAUUUCAUGAACGCACAUCGCGGCAGAACUCCCGAUACCAUCCACACCAUCUGGAUGAUUGGCGGUCCACCACUGUGCGAUUUAGAAGAUGUUUUCUUCCUCGCACGACUUCCUUGUGGAAUCGAUUACCAUCAGCGAUUUUUCCGGACCGAUAUGACUUAGGGACCUUCAAGAAAAGAGCCUACUCCUUUUUAAAAGGCCGGCAACGCAUCUGCAAUUCCCCUGGUGUUGCGGUUGUUCAUGGGCGGCGGUAG